CCGCGCAGCAAAGCCAAGACAGUUUCUUGGCUUGUGCAGCCUACCAGACGAAAACACACACACGCACACACACAUACACACACACAGAAAGAGAAAGAGAGAGAGAAGGAAAGAAGAGAGAGUGAAAGAGAGAGAGAGAGAGAGAGAGAGACGAGAGGGAGAGGUGGGGGAAACAGCUGCAAGCGGAUACUCAACAUCAACAAGCUGUAUGUGACAUCUGUAAAGAGGAAUAAGGGAUUUGCACAAGAGGGGAUUUUCCUUACGUGCCCCCUCCUCCUCCUCCUCCUUAUUUUCAAGAACAGAGGCGUGGAGCUGGCAAGAAUAUCCUACAAGUGGCGAAGUGAUGGUUUAGCACAGAAAUUUGCCAGAUUUUACAGUUAGGCUACGUCCGCCUGCCGCCACUGUAUUCAGAGCAGCAACCCUCAAACAUCUGUGGACGCUUUUCUGUCGGAGGAGAUGGCUGUGUUCCGGCUGUCGCUGCUGUUGCAAGUGGGAUUUGUCAUCGGAUCAAACCAUGAAUAUGCGGAAUGGUCAGCGCACGGGAAAGAUAUCAGUGCACAGGAGCCGAUGUACGGGGCUCAAACGCAUCACCGGCGGCUGGCGCACCUCCAUGCGUCUCAUCCGCCGAGGGAGACGACGGAGCUGCCGCAGAAAAUCGGGGAGCAUCUCCCCAGGGUGGUCACGGCGUUUCUGCACACGGGGGACUCGACCACCUUAAAACACGCCAACUGCUCGCGGCGAUACGAGCUCACCUCUCUGCGGGGAAGGUCACACGCAACCCCGCAUUACUCCAUGAGCAGCGUGCUGGAUACGGUGGUGCACGCCACAAACUUCCUAAACAUGAUCUUGCAAGCCAACAGGUCCAGGGAGCAGAGUCUCCGCCUAGACAUAGAGUGGUACCAUGCCCUCGUCAGGAGUAUACUGGAGGGGGACUCCAAGAUCCAACGGGCGGUAGUCACUUUCCACACGGACCCAUCCGCUGCGGGGCCCUCGGUGCUUCUCCAGGCCACCAGGGCCGGCGGAGAGAUCGUCCUCCAAGACCUCUCCAGCGUGGCCCACCACCAUCUGCACAACCGCACGGCGGACAACGAGUGGUACCACGACGUCAAAGACAGGAAGAAGAAGCCCAAUUUCCAGAGGAGGGUGCUGAGCCAAGAUUUCAAGUCAGUGGACAAUUCUUUGAAAAGAGGGGAGAGUUUCAUCCCAGACAAGACUCACAUCAAAUGGUCUGCGCCCUACCUGGAGUGUGAAAACGGGAAUUUUGUCCCCCGUUGGCUUUUGACCUUAUCAGCAGCUUUCUAUGGCCUGAAGCCCAACAUGGCCCCAGAAUUCAGGGGCGUGGUGCGAGUGGACAUUAACCUACAGGAUGUUGAUAUCGACCAGUGCUCCACUGACGGCUGGUUUGCUGGAACCCAUCGAUGCAACCUGACCACUAUGGAGUGUUUGCCGAUCCCCGGUCAUGGAUUCGUCUUAGACAAGUACACGUGCCACUGCAAGAAAGGCUUUUACCACCCCAACAGAGUAGCUGUCAACGGCUUCAAGAGGAUGGGGAGAAAGGGCAAAGUGGCAGACAGCGGUCCCAACGCGGACGAGGGGUCUUCCAGCGACUGCCUGCCCUGCCAGGAGGGCUGCGCCUACUGCAAGGACGACACCCCCUGUGUGGCACGAGAGGACGGCGUCCUUCGCCUGGCCGUGCUCUCCUUCCAGUGCCUCUGCAUGCUGAUCCUCUUUGUUAGCAUGGUGCUCGUCUACCACUACCGCAGGAAUAAGAGUAUCAGAGCAUCAGGUUUAGUCCUGCUGGAGGCCAUCCUGUGUGGAGCUCUACUGCUCUACUUUCCGGUUGUGAUUCUGUAUUUCCAGCCGAGUGUGUUCCGCUGCAUCCUGCUGAGAUGGGUCCGACUGCUGGGUUUUGCUACCGUCUAUGGGACGCUGACUCUCAAGUUGUACAGGGUGCUGAAGGUGUUCCUGUCCCGCACGGCCCAGAGGAUCCCCUACAUGACCAGCUGGCGAGUGCUGCGCCUGCUUGGCAUCAUCCUGCUCAUCGUCAGCUGGUUUCUGGUUGCCUGGACGUCCGCCGUCUGCCAGAACCUGGACAGGAAGCUGGCACUCAUUGAUGUGGGCUACACGCCCGAUGGGCUGCAGUUCAGCAUGUGCCUGCUGGAUCGCUGGGACUACAUGAUGGCUGUCGCCGAGUUCCUCUUCCUGCUGUGGGCGGUGUACCUGUGUUACGCUGUGAGGACGGUCCCAUCGGCUUUCCACGAGCCUCGAUACAUGGCCAUCGCUGUUCACAACGAGCUUGUCCUGUCAGCUAUAUUCUAUGUUAUCAGGUUCACUAUGGCUCCUGAGCUCCAUCCAGACUGGAUGCUGCUGCUCUUCUUCACUCACACCCACUUAACUGUAACAGUCACUCUGGGCCUGCUGCUCGUCCCUAAGUUCUUGUUUGCUGGCACCCAUAUGAGAGAUGAUAUAGCCUCGGAGGCCUAUGAGGAUGAGCUGGACAUGGGUCGUUCUGGGUCAUAUCUCAACAGCAGCAUCACAUCAGCAUGGAGUGAGCACAGUCUGGACCCUGAGGACAUUCGGACACCAGACGAAAUGGGCCAUCUCAGUUCUAUUAAUGGCUGUGGCGUAAGGUCUUGCGACAGUCUUUGGGAAAAACGUACCAACGAGGAGCUUAAGAAACUCUACUCCCAGUUGGAGAUUUACAAGAGGAAGAAGAUGCUGGCAAACAAUCCUCAUCUUCAGAAAAAACGGAGCUCCAAGAAAGGCCUGGGCCGCUCCUUGAUGAGACGCAUCACUGAGAUUCCUGAAUCUGUGCAUCGGCAGUGCAGCCGCGAUGACAAGGAUGCAGGAGAACAUGGGAGCAACCGUAACAGCAUUUGUGUUUUGAGGAAGAACCCCUUUGAUCCAACCCAUCCAGCAAAGCCAGCUAAAGAGGAGACUCUGAAGAACAAGGUUUUCUCUUUGAAGAAAUCCCACAGCAGCUAUGACCAUGUCCGUGACCAGAGUGAAGACUCUAAUAGCUCCGCAACAGACAAGAUGGAGGUGGCCACAGCUGAAGGGUCCCUCCUGGAUACCCUGAUGGGCAAGAAGCUAGUCAAGAAGAAGUCCAACGAGAAAAUAGAUGCCACCAGUGAAUCUACAGAGUCAGUUCCUUUAGUCUGCAAGUCAGCCAGUGCUCAUAACCUCACUGCAGACAAGAAACCAAUUCAUCCUCGAACGUCGAUGCUGCAGAAAUCCCUCAGUGUCAUCGCCAGUGCCAAAGAGAAGACAUUGGGCUUGACAGGAAAGACCCAGAGUGUGGAGGAGAGUAAUAAGAAGAGUCAGCCAAAGAGUAAAGACACAAAGGCUGAUGCAGAUCCUGAAGAGGAAUGCCAUCCCAAAAUGAUUAUCAGUCAGUCAGUUGAAUACAAACAGAGUGCAGCGAAAGCCGGGAUCAUGAAACAGCAGGUGAGCGGCAGCCAGCCUUCUAUCUGUCCUGAGUCAGCAAAGGCAAAGGAUCUCUAUGAUCUGUCAGAGGUGUGUCCCUGGGAAGUGGAAGAUCUCCCAACACCUUCUGAAAACAAGGUCCAGAAACAUGUAUCCAUAGCACCAAAGGAAACUACGACGGUUCAUGGAAGUGGCACCAAGGGAGUCAAACCUCAGCAACACAAACAGAAGGCUUCUGAUCAAUCUCCAUCGAGUGUCAGGCAUUCUAAAGAAAUCCAGAGGACAACUGCUGACCGAGCAGAGGUAUGUCCAUGGGAAGAUGGAAGUGAGAUCCAAGAGAAGAGUCAAGUGGAGGGGUCAAAGCCACAACCAUCCAGUCAGGUUAGCCAACCUGCUAAAACCUCCCAGCCUCGAGCAGAUGUUUGCCCAUGGGACUUUGAAGAGGCCACAACAAAGACAACAGAGUUGGCUCACUCGCCAGAUACGACAAAACAGAGAAAAGGCACCACUUCAUUGGAAGGGACAGGGAGAAAUACCAUUUCAGAGCCCUCCAAAGCAGGAGGCUCACUCCAACCACAAGCUUCAAAGGCUGAUGUAUGUCCUUGGGAUUACGACAGCACUGCUGUAUCUCCAAAUUCUGAGAGAACACCUAGUCCCUCUCUGGUUUCCAAAACCAAGGAAUCAGCUUCAAAAAAGAAGGGCACACCUUCCACAAGAACAGUUGAGAAGGAGAUAGAGAAGUCAAAAGACACUGAUGAUGAGAAAAGCAGAACAAAAGCCAAGGACAAGAGUAAAUCUUCAGAGAAACACGUGAGCCAACAAAAAAUGGCUGAGGUGUGCCCUUGGGAGGUAGAGAGUCACCAGGAGGUGCCAGUGGUAGAAAAAAGGAAAAGCGCUAAUGUUGGAGCGGUCAAAGCGAAGCAGGCUGACGUCUGUCCAUGGGAUUUUGAGGCUACAUCAGAUAAAAAAGGUACAGACAAAAGUGUUUCUCCAGUGAAACAGAGCAAUCCAAAUCCCAAAGCGGGGGUUUUAAGUGGUGCAAAAAAGGCAGAAGUUUGUCCCUGGGACUUUGAAGAGAGCUCAUUAGGCAAAAAGGCAUGACACUCAAUCUAAAUGGACAAUUGAAAUUAUAGUUCUUGUGGUAUACUUUUUUUCACUUCAGAAUAGUUAAAUAUUUCCUUUUAUUAUUAGUAUGGUGACUUGGAAGAAAAGUUGAUCAAGUUCCACAAGUUGCCUUCCUUUCCAAGGUUUUGUUCUAGUUUUAUCUAUUUUGAAAAUAAGUAUAAUGUACAAAAACAAAACAAAACAUGAUGAGCAUUCCAGAUUACUACAGAGAAAUUAAGAUAAAUCUUAGCCUAUACUUAUGCAACUUUUAAUUCAGUCUUUUCACUUCAUGUGCAAUGUCAAAAAUCUGCAUUUACCAUGCUCUGCAUUAAGUCAACAUUCAUAAUUCUGACAUGGAUUUUCUUUUUUUUUUUCUGACGGCAUUAACAUCGUUAUUACACCUUGAAAUAGGAUAUGAAAUUGUGACAACGGAAGUGAAAAGAAAAUUUUUGAUGUUUAUGAGGCACAUAAGCAUGAAUUAUACUGUAGGUUAAAAUAUAAAAGAACAAAAGCCAAAGAAUAAGGGAACAUCUUCAAAGAAGGGUGUCUGUCUUGAGAAGAUAAACUUCGUUCAGUUUUUGUCACGCCAAGGCACGGAUUGUGAGGGAAUCGGUCUAUAGCACUUUAGCCAACUCCACACAUGAAGAAUGGAGGACAGACUGUAUGUUCUCUAGUUAUGAGUUCCUCUUGUACAUCUUAUCCUUUCUAUUUUCAUCCUCAUGGCAUGAUAACACACAGGAUAUUACACAUCGACUAAAUUUAGAUGUGUGAAAUGCUGAGAUUUUUUUGUUUUUUCAUUUAAGUGUAGUUCUCAGCAGAGUCAAAUGCUUCCAAGUCUGCAGAGAUGUAUUACUGUAUGUGCCUAACUAACUAGAGUUGUCUUGUAUCAGUCUCAUGUAGUCUGGGGUGAAGCAAACGGCUUUUCCUUCAGCUUUCUGUGAAGGUGAAUUAUAUAAACAGCAUGCACAGCCAGAUAACGAGAGUAGUUUGACCCUACCGAAAUGUAUGACGUUUUGUUUUACCACCUCUAAGUACCAGUGGCUCACCUUUCUCUGCUUUCAUUUUCCCAAAAAGCUCAUUCCAGACAGUAAACAUAAUUUGAAAGCAGCAUCACGUGAAUGUGUGUCAAAAAUGUCCAUACAUGCACUGUAAAAAAAAAAAAAAAAAA